AUGCCUCGCGGCUACGAAUACUCUGACGAGGACGAUCACUACUCUAGCGAUGGGGAGUGUGCAAAUCCACUGUUUCUGGAAUGGGUGCAAGAGUUUCAUGCCGAGAAGGACUACCGUAGGCGCGGCGGCCCUCCGCGAGCAACUGGCUAUGAGAUGGCGAUUACUGCUAUCAGGAACUGCACUGAGAAGUACGACCACCCGCGGUACCUGCUGAAGCUGUCGGGUGUCGGCCCCACAACUGUUUCACGGCUGGAGGAAAAGCUCGAGGAGUACUGUGAAGAGGAAGGUCUUCCGAUGCCGGAGUAUGUUAAGCCCACACGCGGCCGAAAGAAGGCAGCGUCUGCCGAGAAGGACGGAGAGCAGAAGCCUGCGAAGAAACCCGUUGCCCGCAAGCGCAAGAGCACCGAGAUAGAUGACGCUGAGGACUACCCUCCGCCUAAGAAAUCUGCCGCACGUCGCCGCGGCAAGCUCAACGCGAUCGAAGCCGACGAGACGUACCCGCCGCCACGACCCGGGAAGAUAAGGCCCGAAUUCAUGCCCAAGCGGGCUGCGUUUCCAUCUGGCAUCCCUACUCUUGAGGAGAUGUACCCUAUGGUCAAGAUCACCAAGGUUGGUCCUGUCACGUUCUCGGAUGUCGACGAGUAUUCGGAAGAGGAGAAGCCCAAGCGUAAGCGCCGACUUACCGCUAAGGCGGGCAGCUCCGACUGA